AUGGUCCAAGUGGAUGAAAGCGCACGAAUUCAGGAGGAAGCACCGAGCAAGGUGUUCGGUGUUCCCUUGUCACAUCUGAGGAAGACCGGACAGAUGAGACAGGGGCUUCCUCUGGCCUUUACACACCUGGUGGGCUUCCUCGAGAAGCAUGGCCUCAGUACCAGAGGCCUGUUCAGGGUUGGUGGGACAGUAUUGCAGCAGUAUGAACUGAGGAAAUGUUUUGAUCGCGGAGGCUUCCCAAAGAUGAACAUUGAGGAUGUUCAUUCCUCAGCCUACGUCUUGAAACAUUUCCUCAGGACUCUUCCCGGUGGUCUCAUUCCAGAGCCAUUCAUGCUUGAACUGCUGGAAGUGUUCAAGAUGUUCAAACUCAGCAAACGUCACAAGGCAGUGAAGAAAAUACUGGAUUCCAUUCCAGAUGAAAAUUACAAUAUCCUCUGCUUUCUAAUGUUCUUCCUGUCCCGAGUGGCUGCUGCCAGUCAUGCCAACCGCAUGACCACCACCAACCUGUCCAUAGAAUUUGGGCCGAUCAUCUUCCAUGUUCCUCAAGGCCCCACAAAGCUUGAGGAAGAGGAGAUGUGUAUCAGCUUCACGGAGUACAUGCUGGACAACCUCAGACAUCUACUGCCCAAUAUGUACCCUCAAGCAUCUGCCACCUACACAGCAGAGGGAGACAGUGUGUCUGAGGCCGGAGGGGACUUCACUCCUGAAAAGUGUGUCCAGCACACUAGCUCAAAGCCACCAAAAAUUGGGCGACUUGGGCGUCUGAAAAGACGAUUUUUGCAUUUUUGGCAAAAAUUUGGCUCCCGCAAUGGCAGGUGCAAAGUGGAAGAGAGUGAAGAACCCUCUGGGGCUAAACUGAAAGUGAAACUGUGAUGAGGAUUUCUGAAUGACAGCAGCAAUGCUGUGCGGUGAUGCUCAUCAGAAA